UGUUCACCGGGACGGGACAGCACAGCAAACUGUAAACGUCAGUGUGAUCACCUCGCUCCAGUUUUACGCUGCUGUGUAAAAUUCUCCUUUGUGCGAUGGAAAGCAGAAACACAUAUUUAAUAACUGGAGGAUGUGGCUAUUUUGGCUGUCGGCUUGCAUGCGCUCUGCAUAAACAAGGAGCCAGGAUUGUUCUUUUUGACACCAACCCUCCGAAUCAAGACGUUCCUGAAAGCGUCGUGUUUGUGCGUGGUGACGUACGUGAAUAUACACAAGUUGAGAAGGCCAUUGCUGGUGUGGACUGUGUGUUCCACCUGGCGUCCUAUGGCAUGUCUGGUAGGGAGCAGCUGAACAGGAGUCUGAUUGAGGCCGUCAACAUUCAAGGCACCCAGAACGUCCUGAAAGCUUGCAUCGAGCGCGGAGUGCCGAGGCUCGUGUACACCAGCACCUUCAACGUGGUGUUUGGAGGCCAAGUCAUCGAGAACGGGGAUGAGAGCCUGCCUUAUCUACCUCUCCCUCUUCACCCUGACCACUACUCAAGAACCAAGUCCAUUGCGGAGAUGGCGGUGCUAACGGCGAACGGCACGACGCUACGGUGCAGCCCUGAAGUGCUCCGAACUUGUGCCCUGCGUCCAGCAGGUAUCUACGGGCCCGGCGAGCAGAGGCACCUGCCAAGGAUUGUUGGCUACAUAGAAAGGGGGAUCUUCAGGUUUGUUUAUGGAAGUCCCAGCAGCCUGGUGGAGUUUGUCCAUGUGGAUAACCUGGUGUCAGCCCACAUGCUAGCAGCUGAAGCUCUGACCACUGAGAAGCAGCACCGCUCUGCUGGCCAGGCUUACUUCAUCUCCGACGGCAGGCCUGUCAAUAACUUUGAGUUUUUCAGACCGCUGGUCGAGGGUUUAGGAUAUCGGUUCCCCGAACUUCGCCUUCCUAUCUCGCUCGUGUACUUGUUCGCUUUCCUCACAGAAAUGAUUCACCACCUUGUUGGCCCCUUCUACAACUUCCAGCCGCUGCUGACGCGCACCGAGGUGUAUAAAACUGGCGUCACGCAUUACUUCAGCUUGGCCAAAGCCAAAGCAGAGCUCGGUUAUGAGCCGCAGGAGCACAACCUGGACCAGGUGGUGCAGUGGUUCAGAAGCAGAGGACACGGGAAGAAGAGUCGCCGCUCCUUCAUGCGUAGAUUAGUCUUUGACGUCCUGUUGGUUUGUGUCUUUGUUGCUGCGGCGCUUUCUUUUCUGCCAGCUGUUGGCAGUUGAUGACGAGCUGAAACAAAACAAAUCAUCCGACUCAGAC